AUGGAUAUGAGACGGUUUUCUACUGCGAUUAGACGUUCAAAUUCAAAGCAAACCCAGGAGAGGCACACCUUGAAGCUCAAAUCUUCAACGUCUCUCAGUUUCCACCCACCGGCCAAAGCUUAUACUGAGAACAAGCUCAAAGGUAAGUCUAGCUCAAAUUUCUCGGUGGACCAUGAUUAUAUUUCUCGGAUUCUCUCUCGGAAGGAUUGGUUUUUACUGUUAAAUAAUGAACUCAAGGCUGAGAGGAUAAACUUGGAUCCUCAUAGAGUUAUCAGCAUUUUGCAGAAUCAGGAAAAUCCUUCACACCCUUUGAAAUUUUUGUGGGUUACGAAUGUUAAUCCAUUGUUGUUGAAGAAUCGAUCGAUUCACAUUGUUUUAACCAAUGCUUAUCGAAAGGGUCCUGUUCUAUUGUCAGCUGAGCUUAUCCAAGCUAAGAAUUCAGGAUGUAGGUUAAAAGAAGAUUUUCUUUGGGCUUUAAUAGGUAGUUGGGGGGAGCUAGGGUUAGCUCGGUAUUGCUCUGGUUUCGGGCAGAUAUCUUACCUGGGUAUUAAUCCAACAACUAGAUUAUACAAUGUAGUCAUCGAAGCACUUGUGAAAUCCAAUUCAUUAGAUUUAGCUUAUUUGAAAUUUCAGCAUAUGCCUGCUGACAAAUGCAAACCUGAUAUUACAUACAAUAUCCUCAUUCAUGGUACUUGCAAAGCUGGUGUUGUAGAUGAAUCGCUACGUUUGGUUAAACAAAUGGAGGGUUUGGGAUAUUCACCCAAAUAUUUAACAUACACAAUUCUUAUCGAUGGGAUUCUGUAAUUCGAACGAAUAGAUGAAGCGUUUGCCAUAGUUGAGGAAAUAAGAAAAAUGAAUGUAAAUCCAAAUGAGGCCACAUAUAGGUCUCUAGUCAAUGGGGCAUUUCGUAAUUUACCACCUGGAAAGGCGUUUGAAUUGUUGCUGUGGUUCUUGUACAAGCAACCCAAGUUGCCAACGAUAGCUUGUGAUACUGUUCUUCAAUGUCUGUCGAAUAAUUCCAUGGUUAGAGAGGCUGUUGACUUUUUGAGCGAAGUCAUGAAGAAACAUCACUUACCCGAUAAUGCCACAUUCAAUAUGGUAAUGACUUGUUUGAUUAAAAGUUUGGAUCUUGAUGAGGUAUGCGAUAUAUCGAAUGAUCUCACAAAGAGAGGCCUGAAAUGAAAUUUUAAUACUUAUAUUAAACUUAUCGAGGGUUUAUAUAGAAGCGGACGAAUCACAGAAGGUAACCUUCACCUAACUCAGAUGCUUCAAAAUGGGCUUUUAGAGAACGCCGUUUCUUGUAAUAUGGUAAUAGAUUGCUUCUGCAAAGUUAAAAUGAUGGAAAAAGCAUCCGAAAUUUUUAAAGAGAUGCAUGAAAGGGGGAUAUCGCCAAAUCUCGUCACUUUCAACUCUCUAAUUAACGGUUAUUGCAAAGUGGUGAAAAUCGACAAAGCCAAGCAAAUGUUACAUUCCCUACUGGAGAAGGGUUUUCGUCCCGAUAUUUUCACUUUCACUUCGAUAAUCGAAGGCCUUUGCCGAAUAGGUCAGAUCCACGACGCGUUUGAUUGUUUUAAGGAAAUGGUGGAUUGGGACGUCUCCCCUAAUGCCAUUACGUAUAACAUAUUAAUUCGUUCUUUAUGUGUAAUUGGCGAUGUUUAUAAAUCUGCGAAGCUUUUGAAAAAGAUGAGGGCAGAUGGAGUUUCUCCGGAUGUGUUCUCUUUCAAUGCUGUUAUCAAGUAUUGUAAGAUGAAUAAGGUUGAAAAGGCUAUGAAGGUUAUGGUAACUAUGCUUGCGUUAGACCUGACGCCUGACAAUUUUACUUACUGUGCUUUUAUUAAGUCACUUGUAUUAGGGAGAUUGGAUGAAGCUAAAAGCUUGUUUGACUCAAUGGAAGGUAACGGAUGCAUACCUGAUGGUUAUACUUGUAACGUUGUUAGGGCUUUGGUUCAGGCUUCUCGGUAUGAGGAAGCGAGGGAUGUAUCAAAACGAUAUGAGAGAAAAUCAGAAUUACACCUUGAGACAUGUAGGGUAUGUCAUUUUUAUGGUAAUUUAUUGCAAUUUGUUCAAGUUUUUCUUCUAUCAUUUUGAUGUCUUCCAAGUGCAUAUGUAUGUUGGCAUACGAUAAAUUCUUAUUGGGGAAAAUGCAUGUUGUUAUCUGAACUAUCCUCAGGUUUUGAUAUUGGUUUCGGUUGAAGGCUACUGCAUUUCUUAUGCCCUGAUUUGAGAUAAAAAUAUUCAUGUUCAUAGAACUUUAAAGUCUGUCUUUUUAAUUUUACACAAUAUUUCAUGAUGGGUAUAAAUAUAUAUUAAAUUGUUGCUUCCUAAUGUGGUCUGUAAUUUGCUUAGUUACUUAACUUUGUCUAUGCAGAUGUGUUGAUGGCAUAGUCAGAGGAAUUACACUCAUUAAUAUCUCAAGCUUUUAUUUGCAGAUCAUCUGUAGAAUACCAUCAAUGAGCCUCCAUCUUCGAAUUUUGCAUCACUGCAGUUGUUCAAACUCCGAAGCAAGUUUUGUACCACAACAUAUUCAUUGUCUCGCAACGUACAAGCUAGUUAGAGCCAACAGAAAGGGAACAAUAGCCUCUCUCGUCUCCUCCAGUGCCUGUCUCGAUGCCACAGGGGAACGGUUUGUUAUCUCACUUCUGCAACAGUGCUCUAAAUCCAAGAAUUUCUGAGAGGGCUCUUCAUUCACUCUACUCUAGCAAAGAAUGCAUGUUAUUCAAUCUCCUAAUUUUCCAAUCACAUUAUCAACGUCUAUGCUAAAUGUGGGAAAGUUGAUAUGAGAGGCCUCACAGAAACCUCCUAUCCUGGUCUACUUUAUUAUCGGGAUAUGUCCAAGAUGGGGAACCUUUGUUGGCAAUUGACAUCUUCUUCAGAUUGAAAACGGAUCAAUGAAUUGUUUUAGCUAGUGUUAUACAUGCUCGUGCCACUCUUGUGUUCUCUCUACCCGUUUCA